AGAGCAGUUUCUCGGAAUCCGCAUCCUCGGAUGGACGGAUCAAUGAGUGAUAAGUGAAUUUAUCUUUAAAAACUAUGCCUAAUAAUUCAUAUCUAUGUCAAUUUUGCGAAAAAUUGCACUUAUGGAUGCAUUCAGAAGGAAUGGUGAUCAGUUGCAGCGGAAGAAAGCGUUGACCGGCCAACCUCAAGUUUACUUAUAACCGCGCGUCGCACGCAUUACAACACAACUCAAGUGACUCGCGGUGUCGACGCGCGGACGGCUAUUGCGUUCCGUCGAACGGGCGCGAUUCCAUUUUCAAAUUUUCUUUUUUUUUAUCGAAGUGCAUUUGCGCGUGGUAUGCGUUCCAUUUUUAAUUUAAGUGUAAGGCGUUUUUCAAAAUGCGGGCAGUGCUUUUCGUGUUUGCGUGUGUGUCGUUCGUGGCGGCCCAGGACAUAAACAGUUUGAGGGACUUGCCGAAGUACGAUAAGAGAUAUGACUAUUUGAGUGUGGAUGCUAUUUUGGAGAACAAGAGAUUAGUGAGGAACUACGUGGACUGUCUAAUCAAUACGAAACCGUGCACGCCUGAAGGCAAGGCGCUGAAAAAAAUACUCCCAGAAGCGCUUCGAACGAAAUGUGUCCGGUGCACGGAAAACCAGAAGCAAACAGCAGUGAAAGUGAUCAAGCGAGUGAAGGCCGAAUAUCCUGAGGAAUGGCAGAAGCUAGCUUCACGAUGGGACCCCACCGGAGACUUCACUAGAUACUUCGAGGAGGUGCUCACUAGGGACCACUUCAAUUAUAUCCCUAACAGCAACGAGAUCCCUGGCUCAUCGCCGCUGCCGACGCCACCACCGCCACCACCACCGACGCAGACCACCAGACGACCAUUCUCACCACCACCUCCACCAACAUUGCCGCCACUCAACGUGAUACCAAACUCACAGACGACCUCCACGCCUCCACGACCUGUCAUACUGAAUCGGCCUUCAACACCACUGCCUCCGCCGACGCUGCCGCCUGCAGCACCUUCUAGCUCGCAGCCGCCCAUCUCCACUUCGCCACGGCCAGUCAUACUGAAUAGGUUCGGCGAUGACGGCGAGCUGACGGUGAAUGGACAACCAGCGCCGGCGCCGGCGCCGACCACUCGUCCGACCACCGUGCGCCCGGUCUACACCACCAGACCGACGCAAACGUACUGGGCUGGCGCAGCGUCCGACGUCAUCCCUACACGCUUCAACCUCCGACCUACCAAGGACAUCAUGCCGCCCUACACGACAGCCAUCACUCUCAUCGACCAGAUCGGCUACAAGAUCAUCAGGACGACGGAGUUGGUCACGGAUAUCUUGAGGAAUACUGUGAGGGCGGUUGUAGGCCGGUAAAGGGAUCGUUCGACCGGUGACGCGCUGAGAAAAUUUGUCAGUGUAGUGUUGAAACGAUGUGUAUACCUAACAUCCUAUUUUUAGGACGAGGUAAUGUCCAUCAGGUAGGUAGGUAAUUUUUGAACAUAAUCAGAUCUUUUCGCAGCCUGAAUUUUCGAAUAAAUGUAUGUACCCUUAAAUAGGUACCUAUUUGUAAUUUCAUUCACAUGUUCUAAAAAUAGAUCUAGCUAUCUACUCGUAAUGAGUAGGAUGUUUCUGAUUUCAAGAUGGUGACUUGAAUAUUCUUAAGAUUUAGAUUCUUCAGUGAACACCAUACCACCGGAAUAAGGGUUUAUCCAGGGCCAGGAUCAAAGCCGCGGACGGACAGACAGACAGACGGACAUGGCGAAACCACGGACCCUUAACAAGGAAACUUACAUGCAUUAGUUAGGGUUUGUUAAGUAAAUGAUCACUUUGGAAGUCAAAAGUCGUCAAGCUAACGACUUUUGUCAGGACCAUUUUAUUAUCAGCAUUUUAAUAUUCGCGUUUCAAUGGGUUUCGUACAUACUAUUUGUUGAAAUAUAGUUAAACUUUGGGCCUAAUGGUUAACCCUGAAGUUGCAGGCAUCCAUAGGCUACGGUGACCGCAUACCAUCAGGCGGGCCGUACGCUUGUUUAGUUGUUAGCCACGACGUGGUAUAAAGAUAUUAAAGUAUUUUCAGUGCUGCACUGACUUGUAUUGCGUUGCCGGUCACUCUUGGUUAAGAAGAUGGUGCCAGUGGUUCACAAUUUGCUCAAUACUUCGAAAACGUGCGUGAAAUGGUCUAUAGAUACAAACUUUUACGCGUUCAAACUCUUGCCCUUAAACGUCUUAAUUUCUCCACGUAUUGAAAAUCUGAUUAGUUUAGCUGCAAGAGAAUGGUCAAAUGGUGGUUUUAGUUUUUUUUAGACCUUUGUCUUUGUCAAUUUUAAUAUUUCGUAAUUUAGUUUCUAAAGUUUGUAUCACAUGAAGACAAUUGCACGCAAUUUCGUUUGCACGUACUUUUUCGCAAAAUAAUGUAAUAACCACCGAUUCCCUAUAUAAAAAUUUAAUGUACGUUUUCUACUCAAAGUAAUUUUUAAUGUAUUUAUUUGCAAAAUCAUCGAUGAUUGUUUUACAUUGAUACUUAUUCCUUGAAUAUCUGCCGUUAAGGCGCAGUUACACGGGUGGAAUAUAAGUCUGACAGGAAAGUAACCAGGGGCGUAGCUACCGCCGUAUCUGCCGUAUCAAUUAUACGGGGCCCCCGGGCCACGGGGGCCCCCAACGUGCGUUUUUGUGAGAAAUCUUUACCCUUCCUAAGGGCCCCCAAACAAAUUUUUAUACGGGGCCCCGCCAAGGCACGCUACGCCACUGAAAGUAACCCAAUCCAAAAAAGCCCCGCUGAGAAUAUUUUUAUGUGAUGAAGACAGGUAUAUGCUAGCAUUUAUAACCACACAAAUAAUAAGAGAUAAAUAAACAAGGAUAUCCCCACCUUUAUAGCAAGUUACACCAUCGUCAGUAUAACUGCAUCUUAAAGGCUGUUUUCUACAAAUUCCAUGACAUCACAUUCUGCGAAUUGUUAUUGGAAGUAUUGGAACAAAACCUUUAUGACAUAGUCAACUCAAUUUAAUUUUAAGUUUGAAACAUGUUCUACCAUGUUCACAUUCUCAUUGUAAUUGUUAAAUUAUUUAUGUUUAGUUCGACAUAGUUUAGACUUUAGACUAAGCAAGUUGUUUAAGCUUAUUUUGCCCUAAGGCAAAGGGUUAUCCCUUAUUAUACCUUUGUAGAUGUUUUCGUUGAUAACGGCAUUAACGGCCAUGGAUGGCAGUUAACCCCUUGGGCCUUCUAAUUUAAAUAUUUAAUUUUUCGCCGUGUCAGAACGACAUUACAGAACAUUUGCCUGUUUCUUUUGCACAGGAGCAUUAAUUUUUUGUACAUGAACGUAUGAGUAUAGAUCAUGUCAUUCACGAAGACGCGCCUUAACUUGUAAUGUCAUGAUAUUAAAGGUUAGAUUUGACAAAUUUGCGUGUCAUCGUGGAUGACACGAACUAUAUUGUGAAAUCGUAACACACAAUAUGAUUGGAGCAUUUUUUAAUAAGUAUAUCUUAUUUGCCUGCCGUCAUUUGAUGUGAUUGAGUUAAGAUUUUGUAAUAUGUUCUUAGAUUUAUAUUUUUGUAUUAUAAUUAUAGUCGGACAGUGACUCAAUUAAAUACUUUUAUAAAA